UUGGGUGAUGCUCACAAAUUCAGCACCAACUCGGUUGUCUCACAAAUUCAGCUCUAACGGCACAGCCGAGCGGCCACCCUUCAAAAGCAUCAGGUGCCUUAUGCUAGCUAUUAAUUAAUAGCUAUCUGGAAGUCCUACCAUGUCCAAGGAGAAUCGUGUAGAGAAAUCCAAAUCAGCACUUCGAAGUGUUGCCAACAUGAUCAAGAUGCCCUCGACGUCAACUUCCUUUUCUGGGUCCACCGAUGCCUCCAAGAAGCAGAUUGACGAUGUGCCUCUGAACGCAAAAGUGAGCAAAAAAGCUUCUUCGUCCAAAUCCAAGACAAAGGUAUCUCCCGUGCAAUCUACUACGGUCGCGGGCAACAAGGACCUCAAGCUCAAAGUGUCACACAAUGACGCGGGAAGGGUGAUCAUCUCGCUUUCCAACCCGGAUAGAGUGCUGAUACAAGUACAAGUAGACGAAUCAGUACUCAAGAAACGAGUUCUCAAAAAAACCAAGAGAGUCUCGGAUGAGAAAGAACGACCCAAAAAGAAAGUUACCGUCACAAAGACCAAAACUAGAUCAUCCGGCACUACUACCAAAGUGGCAGCCGUAGAAGUCGGCAAACCCAAAAAGAAGUCAACGCACAAGAAAAAGCCUGAAAAGCCAAGAGACUUGCCAGAGGAAGAAACCAGAAAAUCCAAGCACAAGAGGACGAGCAGCAAGAGUCACGACGAAAACACAAGACCUGAACAUGCUACUAGUAAAAGCCGACACGACAACAAUAUUUUUGCAGUGCCGCAACAAGCACCACUUGUCCCCAUGGAUAUGGAUUCGGUGGCAUCGCAUCACUCGUCGUACUCGGACGAUGAUUCCACACGAAGUCCCAAGGAUAUUAACCGUCACUCUGCCUUGAGUUUGACCGCGCCCAAAACCCCCAAGCCAUCCAUCACUAGUAGUAUGGCGCAAGUCAACAAUACUCCCGAACCAUCCAAUGUCGUCCCGGACAAUGCCUCUGUCGUAACCCCAUCCUUGGACCGACGAAAGCAAGCACUCAUGCAAUUCAAACGACAAAGCAGUGGCUAUUUCAGUGCGGCACCCCCCACAAUUGGACCAGAGGACGACAGCCUUGAUCGUACGGCUCUAAACGACUUUAUGAAUACCGACGGCACGGAAGCCAAACUCGAAGAGACGGCCAGCAACGAUGGUGGCGCCAUGUCCACCGAAUCGGGCGGUGGUGUCUUUGCAUCUCCCUUUCAGCAACGACGGCUCAUGCAACGACAACGGCGACUCGAACGACAACGAUCGUCCGAGAACGAGGGUGCCUUUCGAUCGACACGAUCCAUCCGCAGUGGACUGUCGUCACAAGUGGACCAACAAUCGUCGUCCCAAGAUACCACGUCAUCCGGAGUUGGACAGUUUGGCAUGGUGGUGGAAACGAAACGAACCAGUCAUCAUGCUCAACAACAACAACAGCAAAGACGACGAAACAGCACCAACAGUGAUGGCAACAAAGCCAAGCAUACACGCACCAUUCUCUCCCCGGACGAUGAAGACAGUGAAGCGGUAACAGCAUCCAAUCGGAUCCGAGCCACGUUGGCAGAAGUUCGUAAAGUCGAGUUGACCAACAAGGGGGAUGCCCGUUCGGGGCGCUCUUCCUUUCAAGGAAGCUAUCCACGUAACCGAGGAGACGACACUGACAAUGAGCAUUUGGUUUCCGAUCAAGGAGGUGAAAUAUCGUCGGCCAAAAAGUGGGUGACGAAAAUCUGCGAUAAGGUAUGCAACAAUAAACGAAUGAGGAAAGACCAUCAGAAAUUACCAUGAGGUACCAAAAAGAAUAAUCGAAACACCCAGUAAAACAGCAACGUCAAAUGUUUUGUGUCCUGUAGAGUUAGGUUUGAGUGUACCGGUACACGAGAAGUGGCAUAAUAAUGAAGCUCUAGAAUAAUACAAUGUUAUUAGCUACGUAACGGAUAAAAAAUAGGUGCCGGU